GAUCGAUCUUUUGCGCCAAUUGUUGAAGCGUCGCGUUGAGCGACUUGCGCCAUGAAGGACCAGCCAUAUUCUGCCGUGACGUCGCCGAGGCACAAGCAGCAUGCGCUUCUUCCGUCGCUUGUGGCAGGGACUCAACACCACCACUAUAGCUCGACUCCACCAGCCGCAACGGGAACGUUGCAGCUGGAUGUGACCAAGUCCGUUAAAUCUACCGUCAGCAUUUCGACGUCGAGUUCGUACUUCGGUACGAAGACGUUGUCUUUUCACUCUGAACGUCCUGCGAGGAAAAUCCCUAUUAUUUAGCCGCUUUCAACUUUCAACUGGAGCUUGCCACCCGCGCCGGUGUCGGCACCGUUCUAGCGGCAAUGCUCAUGACAAAAGCCCAUGCGAGUAACUCGUCUACUGCUCUCGAAGCGACCUCUCACUGGUACUUUUUCCCCGAUUGGUACAUUUUUGGCGGGCUCUCCGUGGUCGCCAUGGCCACUGUAUUCGGCGCGGGCAACAACAUCGGCGCAACUGUCCGUGAAAUCUUCCAGCAACUUGGCGGCGUCGGGUCGGCGUUGCUGUACAAUAUGGUUGUGUUCUUCCUGCUCCCACCGCAGUCGUUUUCGUCGGUCGCUGAAGUGGAGCGCGCCAAGUUGGAUGGGACGCUUCAGGCAGCCCAGCACUCUUUUAGUGGUCGCUCGUAUUGGAUUCAUCCCCGAGAUUUUUACACCAAGCUGCCGUUCAUCAUGCUGUUUACGCUGAUUGGGAUCCUACUUCCCAUGGAGACCAACACGAGGCGCUACAUGCUCAACAACAAUUUGUUCUUUGCGCUAACGCUGGCAAGUCCCAACGAUUUUACCAACCCGAGCGUGCUCAAAACGCCAGGGGACGUCUUGUACUAUCCCCCCAACAUCGUCGCCAACUUGUUUGUGUACUUAUUGCUCGGUGUCCUUGGCGCCGUCAUCGCCAAUCUUGUCUUGUGGGUGCCGUACCCAAUGUUUGGCAUUCGUCAGCUCGAAGUGCAUACAACGACGUGCGCGGCAUCGCUUGACGACCUGCUAGACCUUCUCGUCGACGCGUGCUGCUUCAAGACCAAGGAUGUCGACCAUUUGAAGUUUCUCCAGCUCAAGCUCCAGCGCAAGUUCGACGAGGCCGUCGAAAAGCACGCCGCGAUGGAAGCAUUGCUUCAAGAUGUGUGGUGGGAGCAGCUCGUGGGCCUACACCUGCCGCUCCGCUUUCGUCGGUCGUCGAUUCAGCCGCUUGUAGCGUUGUUUGGCGCGCAAGUGGAAAAUUUGCGAGCCAUGUACCAAGCCAUGGAGCUCGAGCGAUACGAAGACUUACACAAGCACUUUAUGGCGUCGCUGCAGCAAGACGUGUACAGUGUUCAAGUGCACGCUAGUCAGCUGGUGCACGAGAUCAGUGCGCUGGCGCACCAUGGCGUCAUCGACAUGCAGCUGAGCGGCCAGGACCCGCUCGAUCGGCAGAUGGAGACCCUGUUGAAGCGCUUCCACGACGCCCAAGGUCUAAUUUACAAGGCGCAUUCGCCAACCCCCCGCCACGUUGAAGGCACCAUGUCCCUCCACGUGUUUGUGUUUUCGUUGGAGCUGUACUGCAAAACCCUGCUCGAGUUUCAAGCGAAGUACAACGCGACUGCCCAUCACACGGCCCAACGCAUGGUUAACUUUACCAAAGCCAAGUUGUAUUCAUAUAUCGAUCCGGCCAACUACCCCCCUGCCAAACUCCUCACAACGUUCAAGGCAUGGAUUGCCAUCCUCUUUGCGUGCUUGAUUUCGGUGUAUACGUUUGGGUAUUCGCCGACAACGCCGAGCGCGGUCGCGAUUGUGAUGAGCAGCCACGUCGGGGGCUCCUUUCGCGUGACGGUGAAUCGCGUCGGGGGCAUCAUUGCCGGCACCAUCGUCCCGUCCGUCUUGUUGUUUUACAUCUGCUCAUACACGUGUGGCCAGACGGUUCUCAUGGCUGCCUUCACCUAUGCCGUUGUCAUGGUAUGGGUUACCAUGUCCAUGUUCGUAUGCUUCAAGAACGGAAUCGAGGCGUAUGCGGGGCUAAUUUCGGCCUUCACAUCGACGCAGGUCCUCCUGAAGGGCUGCGACGGGUGCGAGCGAUCCACGGUGACCCCGAUCUCGUCGUACUCCAAUUUAGCCCAGCUCAGUCUUGGUGUCGUCCUCUUUGUCGUCGUGGAACUCUCGGUGAGGCCGCACAGCGUCAUCUCGGUCAUUCGCACCAACGUUCAGACCCAGCUCGGGCUGUUUCGACAGUGCUACCAGACGCUCGUGGACGAAGCGAUCCGCCAUGGCGGGGGACAAGUGGGGGACCCAAAGGCCAUUCAGAGAAUUGUCCAGGCACAGCUGCCAUCGUUGCUGCUCACGCAGGCGUCGUUGAUGGCCGAGGCCGCGUUCGAGCCGCAGCUGUGGCGCGCGCCAUUUUCAAACGCCAAGUAUCGAGCUGUCUUGGCCUGCUGCCAGCGGCUGCACAACCACACGUUGGUCCUAUUCCACGUGACGCAGUGGGUUCGCGGCCGUCAGCAUUCGGUGUCCGGGUUGCCGUUUGCCGUCGACGGCUUUGACCCCGUGAACACCGCGAUGAAUGACUCGUUCGCGACGCUGCACAAUCUGUUUGGGAGCUCCUUUGCCAACAUGGACGCAGACCAGAUCGCCAUGUACAUUCAAAUGAAGGAGGCAUUUCGGCUAGCCGAUAAGGACGGAAGUGGCGACGUGGAUAUCGCGGAAGUCAAGGACAUGCUCGGGAUGAUCUUUGCCGAGUCUGGCGUGACCAAACUCGACGGGAUGGACGAAUGCGUCAAUGCCUUUAUGAAGCUCGUUGACACUGACGGAAACGACCGUGUUACGUUGGACGAGUUCAAGCUUGCACUCGAACGUGGGCUGCGGCUCCAGAUCGCAGUCCCCACAGCUCUCCGUCAGCAGAGCUCCAUUCGCACAGCCAUGGCGACUGCCAUGCCGGUGUCUACACACGAAAGCAAGACCGAACUUCGCCGCCUGACGUCCAAGAAACCACCACCGAAUCGAAUAUGCCGACCUCGCGAUCUCCUCGCAGCGGACGAGAUUGCGCUACCAGAGAUGGCCAUGGCGCUGCGCAUCCAGUUCGCCAAGUGGACCCUCCACCAGUGCGAAUCGUCGACACCUCCCGUCGAGACGCUGCUUCUCCUCAAUUGCUUGGUCAGCGCCGUGAGCGGAUUUGCCACGAGCCUUGCCAAGCUCGAAGAACUCGCUGCGCAACAAUAACCUGUAGCAUUCAUUGCCACGAUAGAACACAGGGACACACCCCUUGGAGAGACCGUUUUGAAUGCUCGCAGAGUACUCCGCCGGAUUCUUCACACAGUUGCAGUCGGUUGUAGAAAUGUGAUCACGGGCAGCUAAUCCGCCGCUUUCUUGUUGUUUGGGGGUGUUGGACUUGUCCGUGUCACAGUACAUUCUGAAGUAGCAUCGCUCCAACUGUCGAAGUCUAGCUUAACCUGGGCUUAAUCACUUUCCAAUUUACACUCAAU